AUGUUGCAGGCUUUUCAGCAGUUCACUGGUAUCAACACAGUCAUGUACUAUAGCCCAACCAUUGUGCAGAUGGCUGGUUUUAGUUCCAACCAGUUAGCACUUCUCCUGUCCCUUGUUAUUGCUGCCAUGAACGCCGCCGGAACAGUUCUUGGCAUUUACCUUAUUGAUCAUUUCGGGAGGAAAAAGUUGGCCAUCUCAAGCUUAGCUGGUGUAAUUGCAUCACUUUUCAUUCUUGCUGGAGCAUUUUUUGGCAAGUCAUCUGGUUCUUCAAAUGAACUCUAUGGGUGGAUUGCAGUUUUGGGGUUAGCCCUGUAUAUUGCUUGCUUCUCACCAGGAAUGGGACCUGUUCCAUGGACUGUGAACUCAGAGAUAUAUCCGGAACAAUAUCGAGGAAUAUGCGGGGGCAUGUCAGCUACUGUUAACUGGAUCUCCAAUCUGAUAGUAGCCCAAACUUUCCUUUCAAUUGCCGAAGCAGGAGGAACAGGUUCGACUUUCUUGAUGCUUGCGGGCAUAGCAGUGCUCGCAGUUGUGUUUGUGAUUAUGUAUGUCCCAGAGACCAUGGGGCUGGCAUUUGUUGAAGUUGAGCAGAUAUGGAAGGAGAGGGCAUGUGGCAGUAGUUACAACACAGAAAGCCUUCUUGAGCAAGGAAACGACAAAUGA